AUGGCUUCAAAGAUCCCCGACCAUUCAAUCCGUAUCUGUGCUGACAGAGGGGGCACGUUCUGUGACGUACAUGCUUCCUAUCCUGAUCCUGAAAACCUGCACGAGAGGAAGGAGAUAGUCGUAAAGCUAUUGUCACAAGAUACCGCAAAUUACAACGACGCCCCUACGGAAGGAAUUCGACGUGUUUUAGAGAUUGUGACGGGCGAAAAGAUCCCAAGAGGAUCCAUACUAGAGACUGAAAAAAUUGACUACAUCCGUCUAUCGACGACAGUAGCCACCAAUGCACUUCUCGAGCGAAAAGGGCACAAACACGCCUUGUUGAUAACGAAAGGCUUCAAAGAUCUCCUGCUCAUCGGGAACCAAUCGCGUCCAAAGAUAUUCGACUUGAACAUCCGACGCCCGCCCCCACUCUACUCCACGGUCAUUGAGGUUGACGAACGCGUGACGUUGGUCGGUUACACCUCUGACCCCCAGGCGGAGGAGCAUGCGAUUCAGUUUGACGAAGACGGGAAGGUGACCAGAGGUUAUCGCGGUAAGGGCUGGGAUGGUGUUGGAGAUGCAGAGGGCCCCGGAGAGAUCGUGAAAGGGUUGUCAGGCGAGGCCGUUAGGAUCAUGAAGAAACCUGACGUCGCAGCUGUCAAGCAAGACCUCGAAAGGCUCUACGCAGAAGGCUUCCGGUCCCUCGCCAUCGUCCUCGUCCACUCCUACACCUACCCAGCACAUGAACGCCUCGUCGGCCAAGUUGCACGCGAAGUCGGGUUCACGCAUGUCUCCGAGUCAGCCCAACUAUUACCCAUGAUCAAGAUGGUUCCUCGCGGCGUCUCCUCGACGGCUGACGCUUACCUUACGCCGAUAUUAUGGGACUACCUCGAUGGCUUUUUUAAUGGCUUUGAUAGCAAGCUGCGCGACGGGUCUCUGCGGAGUCCGAGGGUGGAGUUCAUGGGCAGCGACGGUGGUCUUGUAGAUUUGAACAACUUCUCGGGCCUCAAGAGUAUCCUUAGUGGUCCGGCCGGCGGGGUGGUGGGGUACGCUCUGACGAGCUGGGAUGAAAAGCUGAAACAUCCCAUCAUUGGGUUGGACGUAGGCGGUACCUCAACAGACGUCUCUCGAUUCCACGGUCGAUACGAGGUGGUAUACGAGACGACAACGGCAGGCGUCACUAUCCAGUCACCUCAGCUCGACAUCAAUACCGUCGCUGCUGGCGGCGGGUCGUGCCUCACGUUCCGGAAUGGCCUUUUUCUCGCUGGACCUGAAAGUGCUGGUGCACAACCUGGGCCAGCUUGUUAUCGGCUGACCCCCUGCAUGAAAUUCAAUAGGAAAGGAGGCCCGCUUGCUGUUACGGACGCGAACCUGCUUCUUGGUCGACUUAUCCCAGACUACUUCCCCAAGAUAUUCGGCAAGUCGGAGAAUGAGCCUCUCGAUGUCGAGGCUUCUCGCUCUGCCUUCGAGAAGCUCGCAGAGGAUAUCAACAAAACACAAGAAAAGAAGCUGGAGUUGGACGAGAUUGUUUAUGGGUUCAUCAAGGUCGCAAACGAGACGAUGUGUCGCCCUAUCAGAGCACUGACGGAGGCCAGGGGCCAUGCGACCUCUAAACAUACUCUAGCGAGCUUUGGUGGCGCAGGCGGGCAACACGCCUGUGAAAUUGCAAGUUUGCUAGGGAUCAAAACCGUCUUGAUUCAUCGAUAUAGUUCUAUCUUGUCUGCCUACGGCCUUGCGCUUGCAGACCGCGUCUACGAACUUCAAGAGCCAUCCUCGACGUCUUAUACCCCGCAGAACGUUCCUUCCUUGAUUUCUCGUCUCGACAAAAUGACGGCGGACGUCCAUUCGGAGCUCCGAAACCAAGGCUUUGAAGAUCACCGGAUCCAUAUCGAGCGUGUUCUGAAUAUGCGCUUCGAGGGCACGGACACGGCGCUGAUGGUUCUGCCCACGGAGAAGGACGGCGAUAGGAAAGAGGACUUCGGGGCUGCGUUCAAGAGGGUAUACAAGUCGGAGUUCGGGUUCUUGCUCGAUACGAAGAGCAUUAUCGUUGAUGAUAUCAAGGUUCGAGGAAUCGGCAAGACCUUUGACUCGCUCGGCCAAUCCGUCUACUCCGAGGUCGCCCAGCUAUCCCAGCGAGCAGUAGACCAUCAAGCGAAAAUAGAGACACGCUACAGCGUAUAUUUCGAUAAAGUCGGCCGGGUGGACGACACCCCUGUCUUUUUGCUCGACAACCUAGAGAUCGGUGACGCGGUGGAAGGCCCUGCGAUGAUCCUCGAUGAUACGCAGACAAUCGUGAUCGUUCCAGGAGCGAAGGCGGUAUUAACGAGCAAGCAUUUGUAUAUUACGCUGGGGUGA